GAGCUAGAGCCACAGUGCGAGGAAGAGAUGCGAGUGAGACAGGGCAGUCCGGAGGAAGCAAAAAUUACCAAAUGACAGGAAGCGUUGAUACUGAUUUAACAGUGAGCCCCGAGCCCUAUCACAACAAACAGGCGCGCGCGCGCUGAGGGCAGACAUUGGAAUUAAACCAAGGUUUUAGUUUCAUCCGCAUCCUCUUAUCAGAGGAAACCGUCCGCAUCCGCCACUACAGUAGUGACCUAGAAAGUAAACAGUUGUCUGGCAGAUGGAGAAGCAGGCCGGAGCUGCUGGGGCGGCGGACGGAGGAGGGUCGAACAGAAAACUCUGGGGCUCGCCGACCGGCUUACCAGCCACCGGAGAAACCCUGGACAGUCCAACGGGUUCUCAUGUAGAAUGGUGUAAACAGCUGAUCGCAGCCACCAUCUCCAGUCAGAUCUCAGGAUCAGCCCCGGCUGACAUCGGGAACCGAGACAACAAGGCUAGGAGAAGACCAGAUUUCAUGGUGUCCAAGCGGCUGAUUCCCAGGCAAGAUUCACAAGAUGGAGGUCUUUGUUACCAUGGAGAAAUUGAUUCUGAGCAUCCUUCCGAUGCGUUGAACCUUCCAGCUUUGAGAUACGGGACACAGGUCACAAUGUUCCAGAACCAGGUUCCUUUGCUACCAGGAGAGUCCAUCCAGACUACAGUCAAGGAUGUGAUGUAUAUCUGUCCAUUCAGCGGUCUGGUUAAUGGAACCCUGACCAUCACAGACUACAAACUGUACUUCACCAGUGCGGAACGGGAGGCUCCAUUCGUUCUGGAUGUGAACCUGGGAGUGAUCAGCAGACUGGAGACCAUCAGUGUUACCAACCAGGGAGAGAACACCAAAGGCCUGGAGCUGGUCUGCAAGGACAUGAGGAGUCCCAGGUUUGCCUAUAAGACAGAGGAGAGCCACCCGGACGUGGUGGAGCUGCUGGACAAACACGCCUUCCCCCUCUCACACAGCCUGCCCCUGUUUGCCUUCCUGUAUAAGGAGCAGUUUCCUGUGGACGGUUGGAAGGUAUACGACCCGACAGCUGAGUACAGACGUCAGGGCCUCCCUAAUGAGAGCUGGACCAUCAGCAAGAUAAACAGCACCUAUGAGCUUUGUGACACCUAUCCCUCCACCCUGGUCAUCCCAACCAACAUCACAGAAGAAGACAUCAAACGGGUGGCUGUGUUUCGAGCCAAGCACCGCAUCCCGGUCCUGUCCUGGAUUCACCCAGAGUCUCAAGCAACCAUCGUACGCUGCAGCCAGCCGCUAGUCGGCCCUUCAGACCGCCGCUGUAAAGAGGACGAACGCUACCUCCAAAUCAUCAUGGACGCCAACGCUCAGUCCCACAAGCUGACCAUCUUCGACGCCCGGCAGAGCAGUGUAGCACUCACAAACAAGGCAAAGGAUGGAGGGUAUGAAAGUGAGAGCUUUUACCAAAACGUGGAGCUGAACUUCCUGGAAAUCCCCAACAUCCAUGUGAUGAGGGAGUCUCUGAGGAAGAUGAAGGCCGUGGUUUAUCCCACCAUUGAUGAAGCCCACUGGCACUCCGCUAUCGACCAGACACACUGGCUGGAAUACAUACGGCUGUUAUUAGCAGGAGCAGCAAAGAUAGCUGACAAGCUGGAGUCUGGAAAGACGUCGGUGGUGAUUCACUGCAGCGACGGCUGGGACCGGACUGCUCAGCUCAGCUCUCUGGCCAUGCUGAUGCUGGACAGUCACUACCGCACGCUCCGAGGAUUCCAGGUUCUGGUGGAGAAGGAGUGGAUAAGUUUUGGACACAAGUUUGCUGCUCGCGUAGGUCACGGCGAUGAGAACCACGCUAACUCCGAGCGCUCGCCUCUCUUCGUCCAGUUCAUCGACUGCGUCUGGCAGAUGACUCGACAAUUCCCAGCAGCCUUUGAGUUCAACGAGCUGUUUCUGAUCACAGUGCUGGACCACCUCUACAGCUGUCUGUUUGGUACAUUCCUGUAUAACAGUGAGCAGGAGAGGGCGGCCAAGGUACGUGCCAUCCUUCUGUUAACUAACCAGAUCCAGGUUUAA